AUGGGCUCUAUGAACCAUUUACCCCUACCGGACGCACGAUCCCCAUCACUCCACCUCGCCCAUCCUACCGAUCGCGAGAACAUGGCAAUAUGGAAACUAACCUCCGACACCUGGAAAGGCGCUCUUUCCGUGGAUAUCGACACUGAGGGUAACUUUACCGAGGCGAUCACGCAGGGCGUCGCCAGUGUAUUCACCGAUGCUAAAUUCCGCGGUCAAGGGUAUGCCUCACGGCUAAUGACCGAGUUGGCCGAGGAAUUACGCACCUGGCAGAAUAAGACGACCGAAUGUGUGAAUCGUGCUUUCCCUAGUCACAACCUCACUUUUGAGCCAUCGGCCGAGGACCUGUCAGCUGCAGAACCUAUCUUCGCGAAUGAUCUGAAACGGCUCUGCGAGCUCGAUGAAGUUCUUUUGGCCGCGCAAACUGAGGUCGCACAAUGGGGACUGCAUUCCGUGAAAUUAUGGGGGCCGUCUCCAGCGAUGCAGGAGAUGGUGAAACCGACGGGAAUUACAUACCGACAUGAAGACCGUGAGAAGGACGAAGUCUGUAGUCCAUUCGAUGGUAUGGAGGAGAGAGUGGCCGGGAGGACGAGGUUGAGUGGGUUGGUAAUGAUAAGUAUGCCUGGUGCUAAGCAGUCGUGA